GGCUUGCUCUUGCAAGUUUGAACAAAUACUCAGAGGCUGUGAGCUAUUACAAGAAAGCACUGGAACUGGACCCUGACAAUGACACCUACAAAGUCAACCUUCAAGUUGCAGAACAGAAGGUUAAGGAAACACAGCCAAGCACAGCAGGGGGGUUGGGAGGAGUCGAUCUGGCUGGUUUGCUGAGUAACCCUGGGUUCAUGAAUAUGGCAUCUAAUUUAAUGAACAACCCUCAAGUGCAACAACUUGUAUCAGGUAUGAUGUCUGGGUCUUACAGUCCCGUAAGUAGUGCCACCUCACCAACAGCUGCUGGAGCAGGAGGUGGUGGUGCCAAUGACCUCUCCAGCCUCAUACAGGCUGGACAGCAGUUUGCACAACAAAUGCAACAGCAGAAUCCUGAGCUUAUUGAACAGCUGAGGAGUCAAAUGCGCAGCCGACCUCCCAGUAGUGCUGGCAAUGAUGAACCCUGACACUCCUCAUGAAUUGAACACUACUUCAUGGACACAUGGAAGAUGUGCUACUUUUUUUAAAGAUAUACCUUGUUCCUACAAGUCUGGAACAAGACCAAUUUAUCCAUCUGUAAAAAUAAAAUUAUAAAUUAAAAAAUGGGUUCCCACGGCCCAUUAUACCAAAUCAGUAUGUACACAUAUUGUUUUGAAAGUGAAGAAAUGUAUGAUCAAAUGAAAUGUCACACUACCAUUAUUUUCUCAUAUAGUAAUCCAGGUUAAUUGACUGCAAUUGUUACCUCAAUGAUAUAAUUCAGUUUUGCUGUUAACACAUCAGUGAUUCAUCUGUCUAGUGACAAGUCUCUGUCUGAUCUUAUAGGGGUCUUACUGGGAGCAUGCAGUCUAAACACUUACAAAUGUCGGAUUUCAAAUAUGAAUUUGAGGCAAAUUGUCAUGCUUUAUAAAUGUUUGCCAUGCUUGCAAUGAAUGAGAUUGGACAAUUGCCAUUGCCCUAAUUAAUAGCUGUGACUCUUAGUUUGUUCUGAUUUCUUUUGAAAUAAAUUUUUUUUUGUCAA